AUGGCGUCAAACACUGUCCCCGCAUCGCGCCUCGACACGCUUCCUGUCGAGCUGCUGCACAUAUUAUUCGGCCACGCCUUCAGCAAACACCUUCUUGGGGACUCAACCUUGCAUUCGAUCGACGUCCAUGAUGUCUUGCUUGGCCUCGAAGCCGAUCCGCUCAACUCAGCGACGGUGCGCGGCGUGGCUCGUGAGUGGCUGCACUCCAGUGUCGACGUACUGAUCGCGCCACUUGAAUUUGAAGUUUGUCAGUCGUCUGACGUCUUGAUUGACAUUCAGGCGACAUCCGCGAAGCUGCGUGCCGAGCCGGAUCUGGCCCUCGCUGUCCGUCGUCUUCGGCUGGAACAAGACGAUUACAGCGUUCGCGUCUCGGAACUGUACAGUCGAAUACGUCCCGCUCGUGUUGAGAACAUUGCGGCUUGUAUGAACACGGCGGCGGUGACGCGGGCGCGCGUCGACCGAAUGGCGGCCGCCUACGAGGCUCUCGCUCCCCAUUUGACGCACCUGCGCCCAUACAAGCUGUACCGGACGCCAUCCCAGUGGGCCAACACGGCGGUGCAAAUACUGGACCUCCUGACUCUGCUGCCGGGCCUCCAGACGCUCCAGUGCUAUGUGCCAAAGCUGGGCAUCAUUCCGGGCGAGGCGAGCGACGCGCACCGGGCCGCCGUUCCCAAUCUCGCACGUCUUCGGCACUUGGAAAUUGAGGAGCUGACAAGCGACUGGGACACCGGCGCGCUGGAUAUGCACGGUGCUCUUGUGCGCGCCGCGCCGUUCCUGGAGACUCUCAGCAUCUAUAAGAUUAGUCAUGUGUAUUCGACGGCCCGGGCGACUGGCACAGCGGAUGCAAACAUGGCUCCUCCUGCGUCUCCUUCUCUUGCCUAUCUGACGUCCCUGUACGCUGACGUAUGUUUCUUGAUGCCCAUCUCCGUGCGCACCCUUGUUGCUGCCGUCGGGCCACACCUCAAGGAUGUAUACAUGGACCUCGGUCGUAAAACGUGCCGGCCGAGCACGACCGACCCUGUGACGUUGAUACAACUCGGCGACGAUCGGUACCGCCCGCAGGGUGAUGAGCUCUUCACCUUGUACGACCUGCUGGCGGCCCUCCGGCCCUGGCAGGCCACCUCCCUCUCGAGCCUGGCGGCCGUCUAUAAAAUGGACGUCAAUCACUACAUCAUAACGGACGAGCCCUCCCUGCUGGACGUGGCCGGUGCCGACGACGAGGACCGCCACGUACGCGACCGCCACGGGCCGUCCUCCACGGCCCUGCUGGCCGGCUUCACGGCCCUGCGCCACCUCGGCAUCAGCAUCGACCUGCUCGACUGGCGCACCGCCUUCAACACGCGCGCAAAGGCGACGCGCGAGGUCGCCGACGCGCUGGUGGCGCAGCUGCCGCCCAACCUCGAGACCCGCACUAUUGUCCCCGCCAAGGGUGAGCUCUCGUGGAUGGAUGAGUACAGCCCCGGCCGCACCGAGACCGACCCCGACUACGACGUUGUCCGAAAGGAUGAGGGAGACGGAGAUGAGGGAGCCACUGCCACGCGCACAAUCACGCUAACGGCCCUCUGCGCCGACCAGCUUGUGCUCCUGGCCGACGACCACACGUCAUCCAUUAGAUUUCCCGAGAGAAAGUAG